UGAUGCUUUCUCUUUCCUCCAGAAUGGCUGGCACUGUGCUUGGGGUGGGGCCAGGAGUAUUUAUUUUAGCGCUGCUCUGUGUCUUGAUGUUGCUGCUCUGCAUGCUGUUAUCCAGGACCUCCGGUCUUGCAAGAUUCUCUGUCAUUAUGGUUUUCUUCUCUGCUGUGAUCGUUAUGUUGGUUCUGUUACUUUUCCCUCGUGCCAGUGAGUUCCCAGCACCAGCUACAGAAAUGAAGAUCGUGGACACCUUCUUCAUUGGUCGCUAUGUCCUGGUCUCCCUUCUCAGUGUGACAUUUCUAGGAAGUCUGUUCCUGGUUCUGGUUCACCAUAUCUUGGAGCCAGUGUAUGCUAAACCACUCUGAGUUAAUUAGCUGUUCUGAAGAAGGGAAUUCCCCAUGCUCCAAAGUAGACAAUGUGUUACCAGUUGGGUAAAGAAAAUAUGCUCCCCAAAUCUCUCCAGAAACCUUUCUUCAAGUGAUGUUAUGAGACCUACACUGAUUUCCAGAAUCAGCAUCUGCUUUCUGGGGCCCUGGCAUCUCCAGAAUGAAGUUGUAGAAUGUGUAUGCUUUGGACUGGAUAAUUACCAAAUGUUGCUGCUGUGUCUUUCGAAGCUGAGAACUGUUUCCUGGCAGAGACAGUCCUGUUUACAGACUUUAUCGUGUGUCUCCAGUAUUUUUUUUUUCCAGGGGUACAUCCAUGGUCUCUGUUCUAUGGAAAUUUAGCUGCUCUGGCUUCUCCUAUUCCUCAUCUACAGUUGUAGUCCUAGCUGAAAUUUCCUAAAAGAUCUGAUCCUUACCUGAACCACUGGGGUCUAAAAGUCAGGCUGGAAAUCUUUCCAACAAAGGAGGUGGUGCAGAAUGCCAUGAUGGAGGCCUUUCCUGGUGCUGGUGCUUUUGGCUAAAGGAAGUAUGGAAAUAAAUAAAAAGGGGAACUGAACUUGGAGGCUUUAGCCCAGUUCAGUUUGAACUGUGGGUGUUAGAAGUUUGGGUUGGUUCACCUAUCCCUGCCAUUUUUGGCAUUGUAAUCCUUCUCAAAACACCUGAGAAAUUAUUUCAGAGGCAGAAGCAAGUGGAGAGGGUAAACUCAUGGGAAAGUGAGAUCCUAUUUUUAUGGCAAUAAAGAAGCAGGAACAGGAAGAACUAAAUGUUUCUCAGUUUCCCUGGCUUAAAAAGCACUGACGUGACAGUUCAAAGGUGUUGCUUAUGCCCAGCUCUGAAUCCAGGGCCUCUUUCAGAGACACUCUGGCACAAGGAAAUGGAUCUGUGUUGCCAUUCUUGAGCUUGCCCUGAACCGGGGUUUAUUUUGCUGCCUCCUUGCUCCCUUGGAGAGGGUCAGGGAGGGGAUUGCGAGCUCCUCUGUGCAGGGAGCUGAAUGUGCAUGUCACUAGAUAUUCCCACCAGCAUUUCAGGGAGGAAAACCUGCUGCAGAAGGUGGAACCACUGACGGGAGGCUAGGGACAGAACGGUGGGAGCAGAUGUGGGGACCUCUUCCCCCAUGCUCUUCUGUGGGCUGAGGCGAUCUGGCCUUGAGCCCAGAGCAAGAGUGAAGUUUUGAAAAGUUAUGUUUUUAUGCAAGCUACAUUUGAAAAAUGCUGCAGGAGGAGGCCGUGGAGGAAAGGGUAGGACAUGCUGAUUUCCAUACAUGACUAGGCCACCUGGGCCCAAACUUUCUACUGUAAUAAAAACCAUCUUUGGGCUGGGAAUGGGGCCUGAGAAAUUGUAGCCCAGAGGGUUUUUUUCCCAGACCCAUUCAACGCCCUGUAUAAUGUAUAUGCCACCUUAGACACUUCCCUAACACCCGUGGCACUUGACAAAAACAGCUGCUAUGCAGCUAGAGCAUUUUAAUAAAGAAAUCUCAUGCUCAUUCUAGGGCUAGGUUUUGUCAUCAGCUCUUUUCUUCUCCUCUAGGUAUUCCUUUGCACUCUGUUUUAUUUAGUGAAUUGUAUUUAAUGGAUCCCCAAGGGCUUAUUUGUUGCCCUCCCUUCCUUCUUCAUGCAAGUGCAAAACUAAUGAGUCCCUCUGAGAAGCCACUGGCUGACUGGUUCCUAGAGGACAAAAUAAAGAAUAAUGUGUUUUUUAGCAAUUUGAUGACCGCUCCAGUCCCUAUAACUGUGGAGGGGCCUUCACUUAUGAGCGAAGCUGAAGGCUGGAGUUCUCGUGCCACUCAUGCCCUUUUGGAAAUUCACCUUUUUGUAGGCCAGCUGGUGAUUGGCAUGCAACUUUAGGCCUGGACUCUCCAAAGCCAUAUUGGGAUUGGCCACUUGGGCCUUGCGCGUGAUGCCAUAGCCACAUACCUGCUCCCAGUGGGACACACUUGACUGCUCAGUACUGAAAGGGGAUGUGACUAAAAAAUUCCAGUAGGACAACCACCCUCGGCGGUGCUUUGGGGAACUUCUGGAUAUCCCCAUUGUUCCAGAAGGGGAAAGUAAAUGGUUCUUUCCAAAAUUCUGUCCUUAAAUGAGUGAAAUAAGAAUUGUCAUGUAAUUUAGGGCAUAUUGCUCGUGACAUUUUUCUGGGCAUUUGGGGGGCAAUGUAGACGUGUGUGUUUUUCGAACUCUGAAUCAAACAAAAGUACACAGAGUCCCUUUCUAGUGAGAUUCCUGCUCAUAAUUCAGGCAGGGUAGCCAAUGGCGUAGGAGCUGGGGUAGGAUAGAUCAUGAAAAAAACCACAUCAUUUAUAUAAAUAAACACCUGAAGCCUCUGACUCCAGCCAUGUCUGGAACGACAACCAAUCCCACUCAGCUUUCUCGGAUGCCUGGGUCAAACUUCAGCAGAAUGGCCCAGGGAGCGUUUUAUGUUCUCAGAAGCACAACGCACUGACAAAGGGCAAACUUCUAAUGCAAAUGUUUUGCGGAUGUCCUAUGUGCACCUCGCAGGUCGGUGAAACUAGUCUUUGUGAUGCCUCAGGUAUAAUGUGCCACCAUCCAAGCAAUGCAUGCUCUGUUGCCUAUUGUUUAGUUACGUACUUGCACCAUAUCUGCCUGUUCGUACUCAUACAAUGCUAAAUGCCACUCCUUUCCACUGACUGUACCUAACUACUUCUUUCAGGCCAUGAAAUAGCUUCGCUGGUUUUACUGACACCAUGGUUCCUCCAUCACUUCUUGCAAUUUUCACAGUCUAUCCUGCCUGAACUAUUCCUAGCUCCUGUGGAGGGAAAGAUCUCCCUUUGCUGGCAUUGGCUGUAGAAAGCUUGUCAUUCGUUUUGUUAGAAAACUGAAGUGGGGAAGCAACCCCUUUCUUCUGAUGAAAGCACAAAAUCUGAUGGAGAGGGGCUCUGGUGAAUGAACUUCUAACUAGAUCAGGGACGGGCAAACAUUUGGCCUGAGGGCUGCAUCGGGUUUCUGAAAUUGUAUGGAGGGCCGGUUAGGGGAGGCUGUGCCUCCCAAAACAGCCAGGCAUGGCCCGGCCCCCACCCCUUGUCUGACCCCCUGAUGCCCCCCCUGGAUUCCUGCCCCAUCCAACCCCCCUUGUUCCCUGACAGCCCCCUGGGGACUCCUGCCCCUAACUGCUUCCCCCCCCUCCCUUCCUGACUGCCCCCCUGGGACUCCUGCCCCAUCCAACCACCCUUUCUCCCUGACUGCCCCCAGACCCUCCGCCCCUAACUGUCUGCUGCUGGCCCAUCCAACCCCCCCUCCUUCCUGACUGCCCCUCCGGGACCCCUGUCCCCUGACUGCCCCCAGCACCCCUGCCCCUAGCUGCCCCCUGCCGCCCCAUCCAACCCCACACCUUCCUGACUGCCCCCCAUGACCCCCGCCUCCAUUCAACCCCCCUGUUCCCCACCCUCUGACCGCCCUGACCCCUAUCCACACCCCCGGCCCCUGACCACCCCUCAAACUCCCCUGCCCCAUUACUGCGCUGCCUGGAGCACCGGUGCCUGGCGGUGCGGCUGCACCAGGACAGGCAUCCGUGCCCCGCAGCACAGAGCACUGAGUCAGGCCAGACUCUGCAGCCCUGCUGCCCAGAGCAUUAUGCUGGCAGCGCAGUGAGCUAAGGCUGGAUGGGGGGACAGCAGGGGAGGCCCUGGGGGCGAGCCUCCUGGGGCAGGACGGUCCUGGGGGCCAUAGUUUGCCCACCUCUGAACUAGAUUGUAUAACUUCAUUGAAAAGUACUUGGCUCAGCAUUGAAUGAAGAGGAAACACAAAUCAAAGUGAUGCUAAGCUGCAACUUCAUCUCUAACAAGAAAAAUAUGGGGGAAAGGGUGUGAACAAUCCUGAAGUACUAAAAACCUUGCAAAUAAAAGCCUGCAGCUCCCAUUGGAGCGCUUAGGGGCCAGAGCCAGGCCAUGCCGUGGCUUCUGGGAGCCAGUUGAUGCAGCCCCCGACCCUGCGCCCUGGCCGGAGGGGAGCCAAGCCACGUGGUGUGGCCCCCGAUCUGGCGCCCCGGCUAGAGCACCAAAGCGGGGCAAGCCCCAGACCCAGUUCCCCAGUGGGAGCUUGCGGGCCGGCUUAAAAUGGCUCGCGGGCUGCAGUUUGCCCACCCCGACGUAGACAAAGCCAAGAGUUCAGUUAGUGGUGAGCUCGUUCACUGCUCUGAGUCUUUGCUCUAACUGCAUAGCUCAGCCUGUAAGCUCCUGGGAGCAGGGUUGUCUGUAUUAUCUGUGUUGUAUAUCAUCAAGAAUAUUGUUGGUGCUUAAAUGGUAACGAAAGGAAUGCUACGGCUUCAAUUCAAUUCGGUGGUCACCAACCCAGCGAUCGUGAUCGAUCCUAGAGCCUCUGCCAGUCGAUCGCAAUCUCUGGGCCUCUACAAAGCCAGUGGCGCACUGGGGCUUAGGCGAGCUGCCUGCUGUAGCCCUAUGCCGCUCCCGAAAGCGGCUGGCUGCUGGCACGUUUCUGGGAACUGGCCAAUGGGAGCUGUGGGGGCGGAGCUUGCAGGCGUGAGCAGUGCAUGGAGACCCGCUGCUCCCUCUCCUGGAGGGACUGCAGAGAUUUGCCAGCAGCCAGCUACUCCUGAGAGCAGCGUGGGGCCACGGCAGGCAGGCAGCCUGCCAGAGCUCCGCUGUGCCGCCAGCCAGGAGCCGCCAAUUGUAAGUGCCUCCCAGCCAGAGCUUGCAUCCUUUCCCACACUCCAAUCCCCUGCACCAGCCCGGGGCCCCCUCCUGCACCAACCUCCCUCCCAGAGACCACACCUCUCACCCUCUCCUGCACCCCAAUCCCCUGCACCAGCCAUGGCAUGGCCUGGCUCUGGCCCCUAAGCGCUCCAAUGGGAGUUGCGGGCUUUUAUUUGCAAGGUUUUUAGUACCUCAGGGUUGUUCACACCCUUUUUCCCCAUAUUCCCCCCUAUGCACCCAAACUCCCUCCCAGACCCCUCACCCCCUCCUGCAUCCCAAUCCCUUGUCCCACCCUGGAGCCCCCUCCUGCACCCAACUCCCACUCAGAGCUUGCACCCCUCACUCCCGCACCCCAACCCCCUGCCCCAGCCUGGUGAAAGUGAGUGAGGGUGAGGGAGAGUGAGUAACAGAGGGUGGGGGGAAUGGAGUGAGCAGGGUGGGGCCUCAGGGAAGAGGUGGGGUAGAUCCUGGGUUGAUCUUAAAUUCAAAAAGUGAUCUUGUGAAUAAAAAGGUGGAGACCACUGAUCUAGUUGGAUUGUAGUAAAGCAUUUGUCUCAUGGAAUGUUACCUCAGAUUGGCUUCAACCUCAGCUUCUUCAUAUGGAUUGAACACUGACCCAAGGACUGUUGUUAAACAACAAUAGAUAGAGGUGGUGGGGAGUCAGUCUGAGUCUGGGUUUAACCUCACUCUUGAGGUGCAGGGAGAGUAGAUGAUGGAGGCACAAAAAGCAGGAGUGUGUUAAUGAAAUUUGCUGAUGACAAAGUUGGGAUUCAUCAUCAGCACAGGAGGAUUGGAAUAUUAUAUAGAUAUAUUAUAUGGAUAGAGAAAUGACUUUCAGCAGAUCAUAACCUUUCCCCUGAUACUUUACAAAGCAUGUUUUAUAUGUAAUAUAAUUAUAUACAGAUGAGGAAUAUGGGGGGUUACAGUGUGCUUCCCCCAAGGUACAGAAUGUCACAAUGCACAUUGCAAAACAUAAUCCCAAUUAUAUAUAAAAUGAUGGGGUCUAAAUUAUCUGUUACCAUUCAGGAGAGAAAUCUUGAUGUCAUGGUAUAGUUCUCUGAAAACAUCCACUCAAUGUACAGCGGCAGUGAAAAAAGCAAACAGAAUGUUGGGAAUCAUUAAGAAGGAAUAGAUGAUAACACAGAAAAUAUAUUGCCCCUUGUGAUAGACCCAGGCCAGUUGGGUACAGCAGAGUAGCAGAAGGUGGAUAGAAAGCUGGCUAGAUUGUCAGGCUCAAAGGGUAGUGAUCAAUGGCUCCAUGUCUAGUUGACAGCCAGUAUCAAGUGGAGUGCCCCAAGGGUCGGUCCUGGGGCCAGUUUUGUUCAAUAUCUUCAUUAAUGAUCUGGAGGAUGGUGUGGACUGCACCCUCAGCAAGUUUGAGGAUGACACUAAACUGGGAGGAGAGGUAGAUACGCUGGAGGGUAGGGAUAGGAUACAGAGGGACCUAGACAAAUUGGAGGAUUGGGCCAAAAGAAAUCUGAUGAGGUUCAACAAGGACAAGUGCAGAGUCCUGCACUUAGGACGGAAGAAUCCCAUGCACCGCUACAGACUAGGGGCCGAAUGGCUCGGCAGCAGUUCUGCAGAAAAGGACCUAGGGGUUACAGUGGACGAGAAGCUGGAUAUGAGUCAACAGUGUGCCCUUGUUGGCAAGAAGGCCAAUGGCAUUUUGGGCUGUAUAUGUAGGGGCCUUGCCAGCAGAUCGAGGGAUGUGAUCAUUCCCCUCUAUUCAACAUUGGUGAGGCCUCAUCUGGAGUCUUGUGUACAGUUUUGGGCCCCACACAACAAGAAGGAUGUGAAAAAAUUGGAAAGAGUCCAGUGGAGGGCAACAAAAAUGAUUAGGGGACUGGAACACAUGACUUAUGAGGAGAGGCUGAGGGAACUGGGAUUGUUUAGUCUGCGGAAGAGAAGAAUGAGGGGGGAUUUGAUAGCUGCUUUCAACUACUUGAAAGGGGGUUCCAAAGAGGAAGGUUCUAGACUGUUCUCAAUGGUAGCAGAUGACAGAACAAGGAGUAAUGGUCUCAAGUUGCAGUGGGGGAGGUUUAGGUUGGAUAUUAGGAAAAAAAUUUUCACUAGGAGGGUGGUGAAACACUGGAAUGGGUUACUUAGGGAGGUGGUGGAAUCUCCUUCCUUUGAGGUUUUUAAGGUCAGGCAAAGCCCUGGCUGGGAUGAUUUAGUUGGGGAUUGGUCCUGCUUUGAGCAGGGGCUUGGACUAGAUGACCUCCUGAGGUCCCUUCCAAUCCUGAUAUUCUAUUCUUUGAAGGCAGAUAUACUGACCACUGGAUUAACAGUUUUCUGUUCCCUGAGUGACCAGAGCAGGUGCUGCUCCAGCCUAAUGAGAACACCUGACUCCAAUUAACCUGCAAAGAGUCAGGUGAGGCCAUUAAGCUAAUGUGACCCCCUGACUCUAAUUAAGGCCCCUCUGAUACUAUAAAAGGGCUCACUCCAAUCAGGCAGAGGAGAGCCAGGGAGUCAGAGGAGAGGAAGUGUGGCUGAAGGGCUGGUUAAUGAAGACACCCUCAAGUCAUUAGUAAGGGAGAAGCAGGAGAGCUGUGGGGAAGUGGCCCAGGGAAAUGUAGCGACUCUGGCAGUGAAAGGUUGGCUGCCAAUAGCUGCUACCAUUAGGGUCCCCGGGCCGGAACCUGGAGUAGAGGGCGGGCCGGGUUCCCCCCCCCAACCCACCACUGCAGAAACUCUGGGAGUUCUCUCACCAACCUCCUUGCUGGCUUAUGAUGAAAAGGGCUCAGCGGUAUGUAUCCCUGGCCCUAGAGAGAGAAGGGUUACGUGGAGGGUUGCAGUGAGCCUCUGAAGCUAGCAUAAACCGCCUGGAAGCACGGGACCCACGGGGACAAGGUCGGAGCUCUGCCACACUCUAUAUAAAUCCAUGGUAUGCCCACAUCUUGAAUACUGCAUGCAGAUGUGGUUGCCUCUUGGAAAUGGUACAGAAAAGAGCAACAAAAAUGAUUAUGGGUAUGGAACAGCUUCUAUAUGAGAGAUUAAUAAGACUGUGACUUUUCAGCUUCGAAAAGAAACAAUGAAGGGGAAGGAGGUCUAUAAAAUCAUGACUGGCGUGGAAAAAGUAAAUAAGGAGGUGUUAUUUACUCCUCAUAACACAAGAACUAGGGGUCAGCAAAUGAAAUUAAUAGGCAGCAGAUUUAAAACAAACACAAGGAAAGAUUUCUUCACACAACACACAGUCAACCUGUGGAACUCUUUGCCAGAGGAUGGUUGAAGGCCAAGACUAUAACAGAGCUCAGAAAAGAACUAGAGGAGAGGUCCAUCAGUGACUAUUAGCCAGGAUGGGCAGGGAUGGUGUCCCUAGCCUCUGUUUGCCAGAAGCUGGGAAUGGGCGACAGCGGUUGGAUUGCUUGAUGAUUCCCUGUUCUGUUCAUUCCCUCUGGGCCACCUGGCACUGGCCACUAUCAGAAGACAGGAUACUGGGCUGGAUGGACCUUUGGUCUGACCCAAUAUGACUAUUCUUAUGAUUGAGUGGAGAGUUUAGCAGAAACAGUUGACAGCUUCAGUUUCUUUCCUCAGAAAGAACAAUCACUAGAGCAAACUCUACAGAUAGUGGAUGCAGAAUAAGACUCAAAGAUUCCAGACUGACCACAGACAGUCACUGGAACUAAUGGACAGCAGAUGACCAAGUUGUUGCCUGUUUGCAUAGUGUAGUUAGAAAAUCAGUAUGAUUCAGAGACACUUAACAGACUGAUCCAUGCUGAACGUUAAAAAUAGAACAAGCCCCUGAUGGUGUGGCUGAUGUGGUUCGUUCACCUGCACAUCUACCAAUGUGAUAUAUGCCAUCAUGUACCAGCAAUGCCCCUCUGCCAAGUACAUUGGCCAAACCCGACAGUCUCAUACUGUACUGUGCUGUAUGUGUUUUCAUGGAAGGACCGAAUCAUGCUUAAGAGCUUGCAAGGACAUCCAAUCUUUUCUAGAAGUGCAAAUAGUCCACUUCUACUGACAAGGUCAAAAGUCUUUCUGAGAUCGAUGAAGGCUAUGUAAAGGGGCUUUUUUUGUUCUCUGCAUUUCUCUUGUAGUUGUCUCAGCUGUCUGAUGUCUGUUCAGGUUGACUCGGGCAAAGUUUUUUCCCCAUUAUACUAAGGCAGAAAAUGCCAAGAUAGUUGUUAACAGUUGAUCCUGUCAGCCUUGUUUUUAUAAAGAGUGAUGAUGUUGGCAUCUCUAAUUUCUUGUGGUACUUCGCCUUCUUUCCAGAACAGGCAGAGCAACUCAUGAAGGUGUUGCAAUAGGUUAGGUUUUCCGCAUUUUAUGACCUCUGACAGCAUGCAGUCUUUUCUGGGGGCUUUUCCAUUGGGGAGGCCAUCUACGGCAAGGGUAAGCUCCUCGACAGCUGGUUCAUUGUCAAGUUGGUUCAUAACAGGCAGGCUUUCGAUGGUGUUGAUGGCGCCCAUAACAAUAUUCUCACAUGAGUAAAGCUCAGGGUAGCAUUCUACCCAGCGAUCCAUGUGCUUGGUGUGGUCGUUGAUUGUUUCCUCUGUGGUUGAUUUCAAUGGGGCUGUCGUCUUUGAAGUUGGACGAACUUUCUGUUUUUGAACAAUUUUUGAAAUAAAAGUUCUGAAAUCGUUGAAACAUCCCAUUUUAACAUGUUUUUAAUGAAAAGUUUCUAUCGUUCAUUUUGAAACAACUUUUUGUUUUGAAAUUUGUUAGGGCGUAGCUAAAAACAUGAACUUUUUAACAAAAAUCUUGAUUUACGCAACUCAAAGGGGUUUUUUGGAUUUAGGUUCAUGAAAAUUUUCAAGAUCUCAACUUUUAGUCCUGAUUUGGGGUGAGAAAUUUUUUUGAAAUCUCAAAAAGUCUUACAGGAUGGGAAAUUUGUUUCAUGCUACCUAGGCAUUAAAGAGCAAUCAUCUUAAACCUUGAGGUUUGAUAAUGCUGUUAUGAAUGCAGGGCCAGAAACUGUUCAAGCAUGGAGGAAUCUUAACGCUGUCUAGAUAAAACUCCAGUUGCAUGGAUUCCUUGUAGAUGCUAAAAGGAGAAUCCAAACUACUCCUACUACAUAAAUACUAAUCCUGCUCAUACCCUAAAGCUGGGAUCAAAGGAAUUUCAGUGGCAUCAGUGAUGUUAAGGAACAUGCCAAUCAUUUAUGCAACAUGAAUCCUUUGAACAUCUUGGUGACUUUGAAUUGAUGCCCGAAACAAAAUUCAUAUUUAAAUUAUCCUCUUAGUAUUUAUGCACGUGGAUGUGUCUCACAGCAAACAAGGAAGGGCUCAUUUGGGAUGUACCUUUACACAGAAACUGUCCAGAGUUUAGUGCCCUGUUUCCCAACCAUGAGUUCCUGGACUAGUCAUGUGCUUACCUGCCAAGGUGCUUGGGCAGCUCCUCACAAAGGUAAGGCUGAGGCUUGGAGCAUCCCAUGUUCCCAGGUGGGUUGGAACAUGUCCAUUCAAAUGGGAGGAGGUGGCUCUGGGCUCUCAGUCAAGGUCUGAUUUUGGCAAACUGGGCAGCAGCUAGUAAAGUGUGCCUGAAAAAUGUAAAGUCAAGGUUUUGCCAUUUCUUUAGGAACUUUUUACUUCCACAUGAUCCACUUGAUUUUUUUCCUCAUUAAUCAGACAAUGUUUAAAUGAUCUUUCAUUCUGUGAACAAGUUCUCCGAAAACAAACCAUUUAAUUGUGCCCGAAAAGAAGCACUGCAGCCCGCAUGGCCCAGGAGACGUCCAUCUUUGGAGCAGAAAGUGCUUUACCCAUUAUGGCAGUGGCAGGUUACUCAGGGGCUGAUCCAGAGCCAACUGUGAUGAAGGGAAAGGCUUCAACUGGUUUCAAUGCCCAUUGUGUAAAUGGCUGCAGAUUCCAGGCCUCACUGCCUAGACUAGUGAACCAGGACCCUGCCGAGACACUCAAUACUGUAAGAUGCACAAAGAAAACACACUGAAAAAAUAAAGAGCGUGAUUUUUUUCCCCUCUAAACUCUUUCAGUUAUAGGGAUUAUAGGCAUCGCUUGUGACACUAGUGUCCCUUUAAAGACUCAGGUCGGGAGAUGGGUAAUGAUGAGUGUAUACAGCACCUCCACGAGUAGUUGGGGUUAUGCGGCUGUCUUGUGUGUUGUGUGGUAUCUGACCUGGGGGGUGUAGUAGGAAGUCAAAUCCUGCCUUUGUGUGCUAGAGUUGUUACUUGCCAUAUUCGAUAAAUCCUUGGAUUUCUACAGCAAGUAAUAAAGCUGGUAGCAGUGGCUUCAAGAUGGCAAAAGUACUUUUGCCUGAGAAGAAAUGUGCUCGUCAUGCAAAUGAGACUGGAAUCUGACUACUUAAGAGCCUUUGAGCUGUUGAUCUCAGUGAAUGAGUGGUCUGACGCAAAAGCAGCACAGUGUUUUUGGAUGGUGAUGCCAAAGGCUUUGACCAGCAGCUUCCCAGUACAGAUCAUGGGCUGUGCAGACUGUUACAUAAACCGUUAUAUGACUGCUCUGAGGGGGAAUUGUUGCUUUUAAAAAAACAGAAGGAGCAGCAAGCCAGGAGGCAGCAGGGAGGAGAACCCCUGUGUGAUGGGUUGGACCCCCCCAUCCGGGAUGUACUGGGAUUUAACUGAGCCUUCCUGAUCCACUAGGCUGGGCUCCCUCUCCCUCUUUUGCUGAAUUAGGCUAUCCAGUCUCUGGAGGCACGCACACACAGGUAGGGACACACCAGCUGUAGAAUCACAGAGGGUCUGCAAACAGCUCUGUAUGAGAAGACUCGGCUAGGAAAUUGCCCAGCACUCAAGUGCAGCUCCCUCUGGAAAGCACACCCAAAAUAAUACUGUCUUGUGCUGUAGAGAAAUCUAUACAAAGUAAGCUCAUAAAUUCGCCCCCUCCCUCAGUGUGGAGGAAGGGAUGCACAACUUCUUGUUUCCUCCAGUUAGAAAUUGCACAAAUUGGGUUUAAUAAUAAAAACAAGUUUAUUAACUAUACAAGGCAAAUUUUAAGUGAUUAUAAGGGAUAGCAAACAGAACAAAGCAGACUACCAAGCAAAUAAAACAAAACACACAUGCUAAGCUUGAGAUCUUAAAGAGACUGGUUUCAAGAAAUAAUUUCUCACCCUAAAUGUUGUUUUAGGCAAGUUGCAGAGUUUCUGUAGCUUAGAGUUCCAGUUCUCUCUCUUUACAGUCUAGACUCCUGUCUUAGUCUGGACUCAGCCCUUGCCUUUCCCACCACUCAGUUCCUUUGUCUCUUCAGGUACUUUCAGGAGUCUUUCUUCUUGGGCUGGAAGGCAAAGGCGAAGAGUCUUGUUUGCCUUACUCCCCAGCCUUAAAUAAGAUUUACAUAAGGUGGGAAUCUUUUGUUUCCCAGUCUUGACCUCCCCUUCCUUUUAGUGGAAAAUUACUAUAAGCCCAAGAUGGUGUUUAGUAGCAGGUGACAGGACCACCUGACCUAGUAGUGUCACAGUUAUGUCCCAGGACCCCUCUCAGGAAGGAGAGAGAUUAGUGUCUUCAAAGUCUUAUUGUUUCUUCCUAGUGGCCCAUCAAGGCUGAUGGCCUAUUGUCUGGUGGGUGUCUCCCAAAUACACACACAGUUGUAAUUGUUACAUAAUCAGUAUUCCUAACUUUAGAUAAAGAAAUGAUACAUAUUCAGUAAAUUAUAACCUUCCCAAUGAUAAGAUCCGUCUUGCAUAAAAUAGAUCUCAGUUAGGCCAUAUGCAUAUCCUAAGCAUAUUUCCAUAAAGAAUAUGGGGUGUACCGUCACACCCUGCAUCGCAGUUUGUGUGCACGGAGGAGACAGUUCGGUCGGGCUUUCCCUGCCCCACCUGGCCAGGGGGGUGGCUCAAGCGGAGCAGAACCUGCAGUGCUGAGUCAGUGAUUAAGUCAUCCUCACAGACGUCCCUCUGGCUCCAUUGGGAUCUAUUGUCACAGACUGUGUCACGUAAUCCUGUAUAACGUACUAUGGCCUGUUGUUCCUACCGCCCAAGAUGCAGAUGUGUGGCCUCUUGUUUGCUAAAGAGACUGGGAGAGCUACUGUCAAUAACUGGUGGGCUCCUGCCGCACUCACCACACCACCUAUUGCACAGGGACUGAGGCUGUGUCCCAAACCAGGGGCACCUGCCAUAGGGCCAGCAUGGAAGGGCCCUGGCACUGAUGCUCUGAUAACACUAGCUAAUGAGGCAGUAACACAAUAAGUAUUUUGAAGAUGUGAAGUGGUGGGUCAGUAUUAUCGAGUCAGUUUAUUUUAUUUUUUACAGUGUGUUUAUUGUCCUCAUUAAAAUGACUUUUUUUCAGCUGCUA